CACCAUCAGCCGUGUUCUGACACCCGCACUGUGCACAUCUCCGCUCCCCUCUCCUGCCCUCACAACACUUACAUAUAGAAAACAUUUUAAAUCGUUUAGGACUUGGUGGUGAUAUGUAACAUAUAUAAUAUAUAGUCAAGUCUCCGUAGAGGCCCCCAAGAUGGCGGCUAUGCCUGCCUGGAGGAGUUCCUCCAUACUGCAGGCGUCUUUGCCCCUCAUGCUGUUACUGGCUGUCGCCUCGCAUGGCGGCAAAUCCAAGACUUUUCUUAGGAACAACUACAGCCCACAGGAUCAGCCGCAGACCAGGACCAACCUCCAGCAACCAUCUUUCGCCAGGUUCGGGCGCAACUUCAGAGUGGACGAUGAGCCAUCACAAUUCCCAAACUUCGGAGGAUUCCCGGCAGCGUCUUCCACGGGAUCGUUCAGGUCUCCACAAUCGUUAAAAUCAAGAAAAGGAGGCUCCAGGACCUUCGGUGGCCCAAGAGGUUUUCCAGGUUUUGGAGGAGGCCCUGAUUCUUUCUUGGAAGCGGCUACCACGGAGAGGAGCGAGACUGACGAGGAGAUUCAGGCCUUUCAGUUCAGCGGGAGUGCGGGCUUCGAGAGCACAAGGCCAGGGUCCCCAGGAAGCCGUAAGGGUGGAGCCGGCAGGGGCGCCACUAAAGUGGGAGGCGCCAAAUCUCCCUCAGGGUCCUCAUCAUUCGGGUUCCCGGAAGCCUCACCCGGUUUAGGAGGUCGAGAUUCUCCUCCAUUUCCAACAUUCAGUGGAUCAGCCGGUCUAGAUUUCCCUGGACUAACAGGUCAAGAGUUUAAUGCCGCAGGAGAUUUGAUUUUCGGGAGAUCACCACAAGGCCUAGGGUUAAGUGCCCCAGGAGCUCCGACGUUCGGUGGGUCCGCCGUUCCUGAUUUCAAUUUUGGCGCUAAUAAUGCCUUCUUUUCUGGUGCCGAAGUCCCUCCACAGGUCAGGCCUGGUACUGGAAGUACCGCAAACACCUUCACAAACUUCAUGUCAUCAUUCCAAGGCUCUGGCACUAAUCCGUUCGCUUCAUCACCAAUUCAGUUUCCCUCUUCAAGAGGCCAAUUCCCAGGCCCAGCAAGCAGCAUCUUCCCACAGCCAGGAGAAGAAACGUCAGUGCAGUUUCCGCCAAGCCCUAAUUUUGUCAUUCCUGAGACGUCUGCGAGCUUCCCGUAUCCAAUAGACGAGCAUAUAGCCAAUUUACUUCUACGAGAAAUAGAAACUACCACCACAAAGCCGCCUAACCGAGUGAUCUCAGAGGAGGACCGGAAGAAAGUGUUCAGCGGAGGCCUGGAAUUUACAGACGAGGCCGAGUUCGCCAGACUGACGGUUCCCAAAGGCGGCGUGAAGAAGUCCCCAGAGACCAAGAAAGGUUGCAACUCCAAGCCAUCAGCUCCAGCGAACGGGCGGACGGACUGCUCGACGUACGCCGGGUGUCGGGCUGUGUGUAACCCUCGCUACCAGUUUCCAACGGGCGAGCGGCGCCUCUUCCUAACAUGUAAUGACGGCGAGUGGGAAGUUACCGGUGGCUCCUGGGGCACCCUUCCCAACUGUGAACCCAUCUGUAUUCCGCCAUGCGAAAACAGCGGCAUCUGUCUGGCGCCGGACGUGUGCCAGUGUCCGGACAACUGGGAAGGCAGCUCUUGUGAGAUACCCAAGGCGCCGCCCCGCAAGGAAUGCUCCACCAAGCCUCCAACUCCAACCAAUUCCAGAAUAUUCUGCAGCAAGAACGAGUGCAUUGCCCGAUGUCACGAAGGCUAUCACUUCUCCGAGGGCACGAGUCGUCUCACCUUUGAGUGUGACAACGGUGUAUGGGUCGUCCGCCAGUCUUCCUGGAGCGGCACAACGCCAGACUGUCAGCCCAUCUGUGACCCCGCCUGUACGAAUGAGGGAAGAUGUAUCGCACCUAAUGUGUGUGAAUGUACUCCAGAAUACCGUGGUGACAUCUGCCAGUACCCUAUAUCAAACUGCGACCCCAAGAAUCUUGGCUUCAACGGUGGGUACAACUGCUCGGGCGAGGGCAUGGACUUCGGGUGUGUUCUCUGGUGCCCAGCGGACGUAGAGUUCGAUUUCCCAGCUGCGGAGUUCUACACCUGCGACUACAGCUCCGGCGUCUGGUCUCCGUCGCCCAUACCCAUGUGUGACUAUGGAUUCUUAGCAGUAACUCCCUCGCCCUUUGAGCCAAGUCGUGGGACGUACCCGCCAUUAUUCGGUGUAGACGCCAGCUUAAUUACUACCACACAAAAGGUCAAGAAGCUGCCAGGCUCCUGCUUCACCUGGUCUGGCACUCACUUCAAGUCUUUUGAUGGAAAAGUGUACAGCUUCGAGAGCUCGUGUCCCUACACCCUGCUGCAGGACUCGUCCCAUGGAACCUUCACCGUCAACUUGCGCACGGCUGACGGCUGUCAAGGGUCAUCUUGCCCCAAGGUCAUCCAGAUCUUCCUAGAGGACGACGAGUAUGUUCUCCAGGCCACAGAGACGGGUGAGCCAAGUCUGGCCUACCGGGACACCAACCUGGCCAUCCCUGGUCAGAUGAACGGUGUUGUGUCGGAGAGAGUGGCCCACUUCGUGGUGGUCAAGGUGUCCGGCCUGGGACUGACCAUCAAGUGGGACAUGAAGAGCUUGGUGGUGACGGAGAUAAGCGAACUGCUGUGGAACAGGACGUCAGGACUUUGUGGUCGCCGUGAUGGCUCCCAGGACAACGACUGGAGCUACGCUGACGGCACCCUGGAGCCUAACGUCAACUCCUUCCUGCAGGCGUGGCAGGCCAAGACCCUUGGAGAGCGGUGUCUGGACCGGCCAAAGACUAAGCAUCCGUGUGGCCGAAAAUCUGUAGGUUCCGAAGCUGACAGAUUCUGCGCUCGUCUCCGAGAUGACCCAAGAUUUGAAGAGUGUCGCCAGGUGGUGGACGUGGAGCCCUUCGUCAGCACCUGCCGCUGGGACUACUGCGACUGUCACUCCCAGGACCGGGAGACCUGUUCCUGUGAAACCUUCGCCGCCUUCUUCAGGGAGUGUAUCAGUGUCGGGAUAAACAUCCCGGACGGCUGGCGCUCACAGGAUCUCUGCCCGAUGGUGUGCGAGUCUGGCAAGGGGUACAACCCCUGCAUGUCUGCCAUCCAGCCCCGGUGUGGCCAGGCGGCAGACAGUGUGCGUCCAGACUUCUGCGUGGAGGGGUGCGACUGUCCCGCCAACCUGGUGCUCCACCAGAACCUCUGCAUCCCCGCUCAGGACUGUCCCUGCACCUACCGCGACAAGGUCUACAGCACCGGGGACACCAUACCCAACGACUGUAAUUCUUGCACGUGCCUGGGAGGAAACUGGGUGUGUACAGAGGUCAAGUGUGGCUCCCGGUGUGCCGUGGUGGGAGACCCUCACUACACUACCUUCGAUGGCCGCCAUUUUGACUUCAUGGGCAAGUGUUCGUACUACCUGGUCCAGGGCCAAGACUUCAGCAUCGAGGCCGAGAACACGCCCUGCGCUGGCGCCAUUUCUGAGAGCAUGAACUUCCCGGGGUCGGUGGUGAGCCAGUUCCCGUCGUGUACCAAGUCUGUGACGGUGCGGGUGGAGGGCACCGUGAUCCGCCUCAAGCAGGAUCGGGAGGUCACCAUCAACGGUGUGGAGCUGAAGGAGCUGCCCGCCUGGGUCAAGGGCGCCUACAUCAAGGCCGCCUCCAGCCUCUUCCUCAUGGUGGAGUUGGGCAAUGGGCUGGACGUGUGGUGGGACGGACAGACGCGGGUGUACAUAGACGCCCCGGCAGAGUUCCGCGGCAUGACAGCCGGGCUGUGUGGCACUUUUACUGACAAUCAGAGGGACGACUUCCUCACCCCAGAGGGAGACGUCGAGCAGAAUGUCAUCGCUUUUUCUAACAAGUGGAAGACUUCUGAGAAGUGCCCAGACCAGCCCCUGGCGGACGAGACCCGCCCGUGUGACAGACACGUACAGAACAAAGCAGUGGCAGAGAAGUUCUGUGCCAAACUUAAAUCAAAUCUUUUUGGAGCGUGUCACCUGGAGGUGGACCCUGACCCAUACUACCGUGACUGUCUGUACGACAUGUGCUCGUGUGAGACCAAGAUGGACGGCUGCCUCUGCCCCGUGCUGGCCGCCUACAGCAAGGAGUGCGCCAGGAAGGGCGUCCUCGUCGACUGGCGGGCUGAGGUGCGCCAGUGUGGCAUUCAUUGUACUGGUGGACAGAAGUACCAGGUGUGUGGCAACAGCUGUUCUCACACGUGCCUAGACCUGGCGACCAAUAGUGACUGCACAAGGAAGUGUGUGGAAGGGUGCAACUGCCUGGACGGGUUCUCGCUGGACGGCACGGGCAUGUGUGUGCCCGUGACGGAGUGCCCGUGUGUGUACGAGGCCAAGGAGUACAAGCCGGGCUACGAGAUGAUGCAGCAGCAGCCCGACGCCUCCUUCCUCGUCUGUGAGUGCUACAACGCCGGCUGGAACUGUUGGAAGCCCCGGGAGAACGAGACGGUCACUCGCCCGCCCCAGGUCGACUGUCACCAGGACAAGCACGAGGUCUACACUGACUGUCUCCCAGACGAGGAGAAUACCUGCCAGACGAUGCAUCUACGGCCCGUGACGAGUGACCUGUGUCGGCCGGGGUGUGUGUGUGCGUCAGGCUACGUCCGUGACGCAGACACGGGCGCCUGUAUCCGUCACAACGAGUGUCCCUGUCACCAUGGUGGCCGCUCCUAUGAUGAGAAGGCCACCAUCACUGAGGACUGCAACACCUGCACGUGUGAGGGCGGGCAGUGGGCGUGCACAGAGCACCAGUGCCCGGGCAUCUGUACGGCGUGGGGGGACUCCCACUACAAGACCUUCGACGGGCGCCUCUACGAGUUCUACGGCACCUGUGACUACCUCCUGGCCAAGGGCAAGGCCUCCACGGCUGAUCACUUCGAAGUCAUCAUACAGAAUGUGCCGUGUGGGACGGACGGGGUCACCUGCGCUAAGUCCAUCACCCUCAGAGUGGGCUCCGGCGACGCCCUCGAGGCUGUAGAGUUCUCCCGCAACAAGCCUACACCCACCAGAAAUAUGACACGAACCAUCAUCCGUGAGGCUGGAUUGUUCGUGUUCGCGGAGGUGACGGACAUGGGGCUGGUGCUACAGUGGGACCGUGGCACCCGCGCCUACCUCAGACUCGACCCUGUCUGGAAGGGCAAGGUGAGAGGUUUGUGUGGGAACUACAAUGGCGACGAACAGGACGACUUCCAGACACCAUCAGGAGGCUCCAGUGAGGUCUCCGUCAAGAUCUUCGGGGACUCCUGGAGGCUACAGAACUACUGCCCCGACAGUAUUUUGAUCAAGGACACAUGCAGCCUACACCCGCACAGGAAGGUGUGGGCGGCCGACCAGUGCGCGGUGCUCAAGACCCCAAUCUUCGCCGCCUGCCAUUCUGAAGUGCCUGUUGAACCCUACGAGGAACGGUGCCAGUUUGACGCGUGUGGGUGUGACACCGGCGGAGACUGUGAGUGCCUCUGCACUGCCAUAGCCGCAUAUGCUCAUGAGUGUAACAUACAUGGAGUUUACAUCAAGUGGCGAACGCCCAAGUUAUGUCCAAUGCAGUGUGAUGAAAGCUGUGAACAUUAUGAGCCCUGCAUUCCCACUUGCACUCAAGUGAACUGUGACACGCUGCUCGACCCCAGCUCUCCUAUCUGUACACAGGAUGCUUGUGUUGAAGGUUGUGCCAAGGAUAUUUGCCCUCCAGGCCAAGUGUACAAAAGUUCCACUGAUUUGGAAUGUGUUCCAAAAGCUGACUGUGAGAAAAAAUGCAUGGAAAUAGAUGGAAAAGUAUAUAUGGAAGGGGAUACCAUUUCCCAAGAUGACUGUCACACUUGUUCCUGUUCGCGUAAACAGAAAAUUUGUCGUGGAACUCCUUGUGUAUCAUCCACAACCACUACCAUGAGCACCAGCACCACUCCUGCCAGAGUUACCACACCUGAGCCAUCCACUUCUACACCAGAUGUUCAAGUGGGCGAAUGCAGAGAUGGAUGGUCAGAAUGGAUUAGUGAAGACAAGCCGAUCAUCUUCAGACAGAACUCGGACACUGAGAGGGUACCUGAGAAGAUAAAACAAAGCAAAGCUGGCAAAGGCGUGUGUGCACGUAGCCAAAUGGUAGGCAUCAUGUGCAGGAGCGUAGGGACCCACCGUCCCCACACAGAGCAGGAAGGUGUCCGGUGCACAUUGGAAGAGGAUGAGGGACUUGUGUGCCAGGGCCGUAGUGAUGCAACUGGAGCUGAAGCUUGCUGGGACUAUGAAGUGGCCUUCCUGUGUGACUGCAGUAUUACAACAGUGGAAAUUUCGUCCACAACCACUCCAUUAACACCUGUUACACCACCUGCAGUUGUAACUCCUUCCAUCCCACCAGAGAUUAAGGAAAUACCCAUGACCUGUGAUGAAGAGGGUUGGAGUCAAUGGUUCAAUGAACACUUCCCUGAUGUUGAUGGCGAGUUUGAGUCUUUGUCGGAGAUUCGUAAGACCUACUCACUCUGCCCAGAUCAUUACAUCACUGAUGUUGAAUGCCAACCAGUACGAGGAGGAGGGGUUGAGCCUAUUGUUACUUGUGACAAGUUGGGGGUCAGGUGCAGGAACAAUGCUGGGCAACAAUACUGCCAAGACUAUGAGGUACGAGUGCUAUGCCAAUGUGAAUGCCAAGAUGGUCUGGGCAUGGAGAACUACAACAUAACCAAUGAACAGAUUACUGCCUCCUCUCUUAAUACCCCCGAUGAUAAGCCAUACGGAGCUCGCCUCCACUCUGACUGGGCCUGGACUGCACAACCUAUUGAUGAGUUUGAUAAGAAUGCAGCAAAAGAUGAAUGGCUACAGGUGGACCUGAAGGAGGUAAAAGAGGUAACAGGUGUGGUAACUCAAGGACAUCCGUACUUUGAGCAGUUUGUGGAGACCUAUGCUGUCCAGGUUUCAGAAACAGGAGCAGUUUGGGAAGAUGUUAAAGAGAAAGGUGAAUCAUUUGCAAAGCAAUUCACUGGCAACAAUGACAGGUCAACUCCUGUGACAAACUUGUUCCCUGAACCUGUAUAUGCUCGCUAUGUGAGGAUCGUCCCCAUAGACUUCUAUUCUGCCAUAUCUCUCAGGGUAGAACUUAAGGGUUGUGAUACCAAAGAGAUGACAACACCUAUUGGAAUAACCUCAUCCACGGUAUCAUCAUCGGACACGACCACCAAGCCUACAUGUGUUAAUGGCUGGACGUCGUGGAUGAAUACUCACACACCCAGCCCUCAAGACUGGGAUGACAUGGAUGACCUUCGCUCCUUGGCAGAAAAGUACACAUUUUGUGCUUCCCACGAAAUUUUGUAUACUCAGUGUCAGGUGGUUGGCCUUGGACUGUCACCUGAGGCAUCAGGCCAGGUGGCCAUCACUUGCAAUCUCAACGCUGGCCUUCAGUGUAUCGAUAGUCUUCAGGCACCACAACAUUGCUUUGACUAUGAAGUCCGUUUCUACUGUGACUGCUCACAGAGCACAACAACAACAGAAAUAAGCCCUACAACAACUGAGCCCUCGUCCACUACUGUGACUUCAGACGCAUGCACUGUCUAUAUGCCACAGUAUAAAAUGCAUGAAACUGAUUGUCGCAAGUUUUAUCAGUGUUCCAGCACAUCUCUGACCGGGAUGACGUAUGUCGUCAAGGAAUGUGGUCCAAGUACUUUCUUCAACCCAGAAACCCUCACCUGUGAUUUUGAGUAUAAUGUGAUACAAGUGAGACAAGAAUGUAUUGCAGCAACAACAACACCACCAAAAUAUGCCGUCUCAGAUGAACCAACCACUACAACAAAGGAGCCGUGCACUGGGGACUACUGGACAGAAUGGUUCAAUGUUUCACACCCUGAUACAGACCGAGGAGACUUUGAAACAUUUGAUAAGAUCCGUGAGAAAGGCUUCAGUGUUUGUGAAGACAUGCACAUUAUGAAUAUAGAAUGCAAGUACAACCACGUGGAGAAGAGCUCGGAUAAAAAAGGUGGCUUCAAAGGUGGACGCAAAGGCAGUCCAAAAGGAGGUCGCAGAGGACAAGCCUUGGACAGGCUUACACAAGUAUUUGCCGAUUACACCAACAGUGAUGAUAUGUAUGUGCAUUGUACCACAGAAUCUGGGCUGAUUUGUCAAAAUGAUGACCAACCUGGACGUAGUAACAUUUGUGAAGAUUAUGCCAUUAGAGUCCUUUGUACUUGUGAGGCACCAGCAACCACUCCUGUGAGGCAGCCAUCCACCACACCGUACAUCGACGUGAGGGAGUCUACCAUACUCACUACACCCCAUGUGAUAGAUGACAGGUGUCCUCCAGGCCAGAGGUAUGAACCUAGAGCCAUACGUUGUGACAGAGUUUGUCUCUACUAUCAGCACUUCCUGCGACAAAAUGGAGAAUGUCUGCACGAUGGUCAGUAUGCUCCAGCUUGUAUAGAUGCUUUCUCCAGUGUGGGCUGCCCUGGCAACCAGUACUUGAGGGACAAGACAACCUGCGUUGCCAUUCAUGACUGUAACUGUCGCCUCCCUAAUGGCAUGCCAGCACCGCCAGGACAAGCCUUCCUUGUAGCCGAUUGUGAGAUGUGUCAGUGUGUUAAUAACUUCCUGAGAUGUGACUCAUCCAGCUGCAUCUCCACAACUCCUACUUCAGCACAGGUUACUGGCAAGCCAAUAUUUGAGUGUAAUAAAUGGAGCUCUUGGAUCAGUGAGUCAACCCCCAGUUCUGGUAAUGAGAUGGAGCUUCUCUCUGACCUACGCAUAAAAUAUCCAGAGUUGUGCGCCAGACCACGAAAAAUUGAGUGUAGAGUGACAGAAAGCCAUGAAUCACCAGAAGCAGCAGGACAGACAGUGACAUGCAACAGAAAGCUAGGCCUUGAAUGCUUCCGGUCACAAAAUACUGAAGACUGCAAGAAUUAUGAAGUACGCUACCUCUGCGAGUGUGGUGAACUGACCGAUUCCGAUGAGGGAGAAUUUACACGAUCUACAACAGAAAUCUCCACUACCAGUACCUACGGUGAUAUAUCAAUUACUAAUGCGACUACAGAGCUGCCUAUGCUAAAUGACAAGUGCCCCCCUGCCAUGACUUACGAACAGUGUGCAAUGCCAUGUUUAAGGAUAUGCAUGUACCAUCAGUCACUACUUAAACAACAUGGUGAAUGCCUGCUUGAUGGAGACUGUGCACCUGGAUGUGUUGAGAGGACUGAGAUGAACACGUGUCCACCUGGCUUCUUCAUGUUUAGUGAAGCAAGAUGUGUUGCCAUCGCAGACUGCAAUUGUCGACUGUCUAACGGACAGGCCUUACCGGCUGGAGUGUGGUAUAAUGUCUCCAAGUGUGAGCAGUGCAUGUGUCAGAACAACAAUUUGUUGUGCAGCCGCUCAGAUGAUUGUGAGGACUUAACAACUGAACCCUCUUACGUCACCAGUAGGCUUCCCACCAUAAAAUACACACCAGGUCUUCCAACCACCACCGAUCCUUAUUCUCAGAUUGAAAGCCUUGUAAGGUGUAAUGACUGGUCCCCCUACUACAAAAAGGAGAAGGACAGUGAAGGGCUAAUAUUGAGUUUGAACAUGCUUCGUACUCGCAGAGAAUUUGUGUGUGAAAACCCAGUAAAUGCAUCCUGCAGAGAAGUUAUUACAAAGCUUCCUGCAGCUGAUCUUGGACAAAUAAUAACUUGUGAUGCAGUGGAAGGUCUCAAGUGCCUAAAUAUACAAAAUACCAAAAACUGCCAUAACUAUGAAAUCUCUUUCUUCUGUGAAUGUGAUGAAACAACACCUAUUUCAACAACUGUUGUCACUCUAGGACCAACCACUUCUCUGGUACCAUGUGAUGCGUGGUCCCCAUGGAUCAAUGAUAUUAAACCCUGGCAGUCUAAUGGUGAUACUGAAUUUAAGACAAUUGAAGAACUGCGAGAGAAAUUCCAAUUUUGUCUGGAGGGUCAGCUGGCAGACAUUGAGUGUGUGGAGACGGCCACUGGCUUGAAAACUGCUGCAGAUAAGGGGACCACCUGUGAUGUUCGAUAUGGGUUCCGAUGUAGCAAUGAAGACCAGGACCGCGGUAGCUGUCUUGACUACAAGAUUAGAUACUAUUGCUCAUGUGAAACAACAACUGUGACGACUACAAUCAUUCCAUACUUCUUCACUCCUCCUCCAAGAUGUGAUCCAGAUAAAUUCAAAAACCUGCUUCAAGAGGUGGAUGACAGUGCCUUCUCUUCUACUACUGCUCGCAACUCUGUAUAUGGAGCUUCGAGAGCGCGUCUUUUUGAUGCUGAUGGUAGCCUUUCCACUAAAAGCUGGGCAGCCCUGAUCAGCAACCACGAUCAAUUUAUACAAGUUGACCUGGGCUCAGUGGUUCCUGUGUAUGGGGUAGAAGUGGCUGGCAACCCUCUCACCAGAGAGAGAGUCACAGCCUACACAAUCCAACACUCAAGAGAUAACAACAUAUGGAGUGUACUGCCAGAUGAUCCUAAAUAUCCAGCAAGCUCCCCCAAGAUUUUCCAAGGUCCGUGGAGCCCACUAGCACCCUUGAAGCAGCUAUUUAGUGAACCUAUAGAGGCACGAUAUCUGAGGUUGAAACCUACUGAAUGGCAUCGAGCCAUUGCUCUGAGAUUUGAAGUGAUUGGUUGUGAUCUUCCAACAGUCACUCCUCCAUCCACAACAGUCAGAGAACCCGAGUGUGAGGAGCCGAUGGGAUUGGAGACGGGAGAGAUGUCAGAACUUCAGAUUACAGUUUCCUCAGUCCUAAAUGAUCAGGAGUACUUCUAUGGGAAGCAAAACAUUCCUCUAAACAGCCGAGCAACACCAUACACAUCGGCUGGGGCCUGGCUAGCAGAGCCCAAACCUGACCAGUUUAUUAGAUUUGACUUUAUGGAGCCAAGCAAGUUGUCAGGAGUGGUAACACAGGGGCGAGAUGGUGCUGAUGAAUGGGUCGAGUCCUAUACUGUCCGUUACUCCCCCGAUGGUCAGACCUGGAACACUAUAAAGGACCCUGAUGGCAGUGAUAAGAUUUUCCCAGGCAACUUUGACAGAAACACCCAAGUUGAGAACAAGUUUGACAGAAUUGUACAAGCACGCUUUUUGGAAAUCAGACCAAAAACAUGGAAAACCAAUAUUGCCCUAAGAGCUGAAGUACUCGGCUGUUUCCAUCCAUAUCCUGAAGUGACCACUACGCCAGCUCCAGCUUUGACAACCACACAGCCACCUCCACCUUAUUGUUCUGCCUGCCCUGGCCUCCCAGAGGAGUAUUAUGACAAGUGUAUUCCAUGUAAUUCUGGAGAAUAUUUUGAUGGCCAGUCUUGUGUGUCAAAAUUGUUGUGCUCUUGCUUCGAAGAUGGUUACAGAUAUAAUAUUGGAACUCUCUUCGUGACAAAGGACUGUGAAGAGUGUGAAUGUAUAACAGGCGGAGACACCGUGUGUAUGAAGAAAGAAUGUCCGCCAUGUGAAGAUGGUCAGCAAUCUGUGUCGACUCCGUCUUGUGGGUGUGUGUGUAAACCAUGUCCUCCAGGAAGCAAACUUUGCCCCUCCAGUAACUACUGCUUAAAUGAAUCUUCUUGGUGCAAUGGUCUUGAAGAGUGUCCAGAUGAUGAGCUUAAUUGUCCAACAACAACACCAGAAAUUCCUGAUGUCUGUCCAACACCAUAUUGCCCUGACCAUUGGGUGACGAAGGUGCGGGCAACAAAGGGCUUGUGCCCUACCAUCGUAUGUGAACCACCAGAGGUCACCACUCAUCUACCUUGCCCUCUUCCAUUCUGUCCACCUUAUUAUAACCUUGUGCUAGUUCCUAACGAGUUUGGUGGCGUGUGUCCAGAGUAUGAGUGCAUUCCUCCAGUCACAACAAUGGAGAUGCCUACAUGCCCUCCUCCAAGUUGUCAAGAGGGCUAUGUUGUCCAGGAAUCAGACUACAUCUAUGAAUUAUCACAACAAACCUCUGAUGAUGGUUGCACUCAGUACCAGUGUGUGACAGAAGUACCUCCCACGGCACCCUGCCAACCUCCCGUUUGUAUGGAGGGAUAUGACAUCUUCUUUGCUGACUCCAAGGAACUUUUAAAAUUAUGUCCUCAGUAUGACUGUGUACCAAUCUCUGUAACUACUGUGUGUCCACCAGUGGAAUGCCCAUCAGAUCUCCGCAUCAUGUACAUCCAGAGUUCAGAGUCAUCAGCAUGCCCACAAUAUACCUGUGUCCAGGUCACUACACCUUUCCCCACCACUACAUCUCAACCACAAGUCUCAACAUGUGCUCCGAUGGAAUUGCCAAUCUGUGGAUUAAAUGAGGAAUUUUAUCAGACUAAUCCUGAAGAAACAUGUCCAGAAUUUGCUUGCAGACCCAUUGGAAGUCCAGAACCAACUCCAGGCCUGCCAAAAGUUAUCAGUCCAGAAUGUAACAUGGAAGGGCGCACCUUCAAUUCCUUUGACGGUUCAGAUUAUGAACUAGAACCAUGUAAUCACAUCCUGGCUGAGGAUAAGAUCAACAAAGAUUGGAUUGUAUCUGUACACAAGAACUGUUCUGAGAGCGAAAAAUGUGACCGUUACUUAAACAUUACGCAAGAAGAUAAGCAGCUGAUUCUUCGGCCAGACCUACUCAUCAUUUGGGAUGAAAACACCUAUACUGUCACUCAGGCUCAGCGCAUUGGCACAUCUACAAAUACCUUCAGUAUCUCUCGAGUAGGCGACUCCAUCUACUUCCAGUCUAAAACACACAGCUUCAGUGUUGAAUGGAAUGUUGAGAUGAAUGUCAAUAUCAUUCUUGGAGAUCAUCUAGUUAAUAAGGUAGAUGGUUUGUGUGGCUUCUACACAGGAGAUUCAAAUGAUGAUAAAACUAAACCUGAUGGUAAACUUGCAACUUCCAUCAAAGAAUAUGGUCAGUCAUGGAAUUUAGCCAAUGAAGAAUGUGAAGAAAAACCCAAGUGUACAUCAGAAAUCACAGUCAAAGCAUUUGAACUAUGCAAUACUAUUCAAGCCAGACCAUUUACUGAAUGCCACAGCACUGUUGAUGCAACACCAUUUAUGAAGAAAUGUGUAGAUUCUGUUUGUGAGUGUUUAAAUGGAGGCACUGAUGAAGAGUGCCGAUGCCAGGCUCUUACACGUUACAUCACCCAGUGCCUUGAGAAGUAUCCUGAAGCUCCUGUCUCAGAUUGGCGCAUUAUAGCUAAGUGCUAUGAGGAAUGUGGUCCGGGUGAAAUUUAUCAAGAUUGUUUCCGCUCCAAAUGUGAGAAGAGUUGCGAUAAUAAGCACGAUGAAAGUCUCUGUCCAGAGGUGGAUGGAUCUUGCAUCCCUGGGUGCUUCUGUAGCCCUGGUUUGGUACGCAAGGGAAAUCGUUGUGUUAUUCCUGAACAAUGUCGAGACUGUGUCUGCGAAGGUUAUGGUGACCCACACUACAUGACCUUUGAUCGACAUAAUUACACCUUCAACGGAGAGUGUUCUUACAUUGCUGCACGUGAUACAAAUGCUCGAGGUCAACAUAAAUUCCAGGUGAUCACCCGUAACAAGAGGUGUACCCAAGAGCCAGUCACUGUGUGUACUGAUGCCAUAACUAUCCUCUUCAAUUCGCACACGGUCUUUAUCUCUGCCACUGAUGAAGACGGAGUCAAAGUCAUUAUUGAUGAAGAUGAAGUGACCAGCUUCCCACAUCGUGAGCCUUGGCUGGCAGUUGAACAACCAGAUUCCUCACAGAUUAUGGCUGCCAUUCCUGAUAUACAUUUAGAAGUGACUUUCUUCUUUGAAAAUUAUGGAUUCUCCAUUCGUUUACCAUCAAAUAUUUACUUCAACAAAACAGAAGGACUGUGUGGUAACUGUAAUCACAAUGAUGAAGAUGACCUAGUAGACAGGAACACAGGCUUUGAUGAGUCUGUUGACACAUUUGGACGUAGCUGGUUGUUAGAAAAUGAACCGCUCACCUGCGGAGUUUUGGAGAAAGAUGCCACACUCUGUAUUCCACUGCCUCCAGACCAAGACCCAUGCCUGAAAAUUAUGGAUGAAGACUUAUUUGGAAAGUGUCACCCAGUGGAGGAUCCAGCAGCCUACGUGUCAUCUUGUCAGCUUGAUGCAUGUGGUAGUCGUGAACCCCAGGUAGCAGCAUGCCACAGUCUUGAGGCUUAUGCCAGGCGCUGUGCUCACCUAGAUAUUUGUUUAGAUUGGCGCUCUGAAGAACUAUGUCCAAAGUCUUGCACUGGAGGUCAGGAGUAUCAGUCUUGUGCACCUGGUUGUGUACGCACAUGUGAUAAUUAUGAGGAACUUCAAAAUAACCCUGAGGCUUGUCCCAUAUCUUCUGUUGAUGGCUGCUUCUGUCUUGAUGGCAUGGUAUUGGAUAAAGGAAACUGUAUAAAUGCAAGUUACUGCAAGACGUGUGAUGAUGAAGGGCACCGUAUCAAUGAGGUGUGGCAGACAGAUACUUGUACCACGUGUGAAUGUACUAGUCAAGGUAGCAUCUGCAGCACCAAGACCUGCCCUGAAGACCCCAUCUGUGAUGAAGGAUACAUUGUGGUUGAGGUUAACGGAACUGGGGAUGAAUGCUGUGGACCAAGAAAGAAAUGCAAAGUGAAACCUACUGAAGAUUGUCCUCCACCAGUUGAGCCAAAAGAUGGGUGCGGAUAUGGUCAGCGACAGAAACUCAUAGAGGCACCAGGCGUGUGUCCUCAGUAUGCCUGUGUAUGCCUGGAGCAAGAAGACUGCCCAUAUUUGUCUACUCCUGAUGAUAAUGCUCUUAAACCAGGAGAGAAGUGGAUACGAGAUGAGUCUGGGUGUUGUGCCAGAUACAUCACACAGUGUACUGGAGUGUGUCCAGUGGUCACUUGUCCGGAAUUCCACACCCUGACUGAAGAACCGCUGAAUGGGGAGGAGUGUUGCCCUAAGACUAAGUGUGAUCAUCCUGCAGAUGCAUGCAUAUAUGAGCACCAAUACCUCAUUGAUAUCAUUGGCAAUCAACAACCAGCAAAUACUUCUGAUGUUCCCGUGAAGAAACUGUACAAGGUUAAUGAGAGCUGGGAAGAUGGCUUGUGUUUGAAUUGUAAAUGUUUACAAGAAAGUGAAGGACACCCACGACAUCAGUGUACCAAGCAAACGUGCCCAACUCUUGACAGUCAUCCUGACCGUGGUCGUUACGAACUGGAGAGUGUAGAAACACCAGGUCAAUGCUGCCCUACAGUAACCAGAACUGCAUGUAUUGAUGACUAUGAAGUUAUUAAGAUUGGGGAGACAUUCAGUGACCCGCUGAAUGCAUGUCGAAGUGUUGAAUGCGUGAAGACCACAGAAGGCAAGGUGGAUAAAAUAGAAAAGAUCUACUCGUGUGAUGAAUCGUGCCCUGCAGGCUGGGAAUAUGAACCGUCGCCUCUCUACCCUCAACAGUGCUGUGGAGAGUGUGUCCAGGUUGCCUGUGUUGUGGAAGGUGAAGUGAAGCCUGUGAAUGCAACCUGGGUCUCCGAGGACCUGUGCACCACCUAUACUUGCUCAACAGAUAAACAUGACCAGAUUCAGAUCCAGGCUGUAGAUGUUCAGUGUUCCAAACCAAGCGAAGACGAUCUAAAGAAAUAUGUAUUUGAGGAGAGCAAAGUGCCUGGAGAGUGCUGCUCUCUCUAUACCCGUGUCACUUGCCUUUUAGAUGGCAUUCACAUCCCUAUUGGGGAAAGUGUUCAAGACCCCCAGGACAAUUGUGCGACUAUCACCUGUGAAGCCGGUGCAGAUCAAAAUGCUACUCGUAGGGAGAAGGAGACAAAUUGUGUCACAAAGUGUGACCUGGGUUCAACAUAUGCUCCACCAUUACCUUUCAGCAAUGAUUGUUGUGGUAAAUGUGUCAAGACACACUGUGUUGAUGAUGGCAGAUCUUACUCCAUUGGUGAACGCUGGGAAAGUCACGGAGAUGUUUGUUAUGAGUACAGUUGUGAGGCCCGUAAUGAGGUUCUCACCACUAUUGCUGCCAAAAAGGAAUGUCCGUACUUUGACCCUGAGUGUCCUGAGGAGGAGAUUUUUAUGGAUGAAUUAGGCUGUUGUAAAUUGUGCAACAUUACCAGACAAGAAAAAAGAGACUGCAAACCAAAGCCCAUGCCUGCCCAUGAAACUAUAGGCAUCUUCCAAAUCUCAACAAGACAUGUGGGAACAUGUAAAAACCCUGCCCCAGUGCCAGACUUCAGGCAGUGUUCUGGGCACUGUGAUUCCUUCACAAUGUUCCAAGGCCAAGGUCGACAAGCAAAUCAUAUCUCGACAUGCUUCUGCUGUAAAGCUUCCAGGAUGGAAAAGAUAAGAGUCCAGUUGAGAUGUGACUCGGGAGUAACCUUCAGUCCUGUCUAUAACAACAUCGUAGAGUGUGAAUGUCAGAAGUGUAAUGAUGGUGUGCCUGAAUACAUGGGUGAUGACCCAAGCCUUGAUGAUAUUGACUUCUAUUCCAUGACAGAAGAUACUCUUAGACAACAUUUUCAAAAUUAAAUAACAAUAAAACCAUCCUACUUAUCAUGUUCAUUCUAAUGCAUUGUACAUUUGUAUGAUUAAUUUGGUUGUGAUUUCAUAAAACAAUGUCUAAAUCUGUUGAUGACCUUUGCCUUCCCAGGAUAUCCAUCAGUUCUCUUCAUAUUAUCAUACUUCUGGUUAUGCAUGCUUAUCUCAUUUGAAAGAUACAUUAUCUUUCAAAAGCAUGGCCAUUCUUUGGGAUUCAUCCAUUCGCUAAAUAAUAAUUAUUACUGGCAGCCAAGAGUUCAUGAUAAUGUUAAAAGAACUGUAUUUGACUUUGUGGACCUCUGAUGCUGACUGACCUCCUUGGAUUAUCCAUCACCCUGUAAAUAGUUUCACUUAAAUCAUUAACUGCAAGUAAUAAAAAUACAAAAACACAUGAGCAAUGAAAAAAGUACAAAAAUAUGCUGACACAAUGAAGUGUUAUUGUAUCAAUAAAAGGAACAUCACUGA